ACAUAUGUGUGAAAGAGUCGUAUAAAAAAGAAAAAAACAAAAGAUGAUGCCAGCUAAAAUGCACUGUGACAAAUAUUAAUUGCAGAAAGACCCCACGGGUGGGCUUCUCUUUCUGCAAACAUUUAUUCAUCUUUAUGUGUCUGGUCCCCCACUCUCUCUCUCUCUCCCCUCUCUCCAAAGACAGCAGUCAACUACCAAUUCCUUCUUCCAAUUGCUCAGUUGGCUCUAAAGGCUUUGCAAUUGCAUCAUCGAUCUUGUUUUCUUCCCUUAUCUCUCUCUCGAUUCUUUAAUCGUAUGAUUGGGGCUGAGUUUGAUCUGUCUGAAAGAAAAUCCCCUCCAAAACUAAAAAAAAAACAAAAAAAACCCUGCUCUCUCCCUCUCUCCCCCAAAAAAAUGGAAUUUAUGGAGACACACACCAAAAAUCAAGGAGCCAAUAAUAAUUCCAACUCGGACCACCACCGCGACCUCCACCACCACCGCCUCCAAAGUCAAACCGAACCCGGUUCUGGGUCCGGUCCAGCCCCACCCCAUGGUCCCUUCAUGGGCUCCAUCUCACUCCAACAGCCAACAAACUUAGCCCGCUCCCCCUCCUCCACCUCCACCUCCACCUCCACCUCCUCCUCCGUCGCCACCACAGCCAUCGUCCCUGUUGCCAAUAGCGACGAAAAUAACAACAACAACAACGCCUUGGCGACCAAUAAGGUCGCCAAGAAACCGUCUAAAGACCGCCACACGAAGGUGGACGGCCGCGGGCGGCGCAUAAGGAUGCCGGCCCUGUGCGCCGCCCGCGUCUUCCAAUUGACGCGGGAGCUCGGCCACAAGUCCGACGGCGAGACCAUCGAAUGGCUCCUCCACCAGGCCGAGCCGGCCAUCAUCGCCGCCACCGGCACCGGCACCAUUCCGGCCAAUUUCUCGACGCUCAACGUCUCGAUGCGCAGCAGCGGCACCACCAUCUCCGCCCCGCCGUCCAAGUCCGCGCCCCUCUUCCUCGGCGGCGCCGGCGGCAUGCUCGGAUUCCACCACCAGCUCACCUCCCCCUCCCAUUUCGGCCAAGACCCGGAUGAGAAUAAUUACCUCAAGAAACGCUUCAGGGAAGAUACAAACGGCGCCGGCUCUCCUAAAUCAGGGAGAACCGGCGCCCAUGACCAAGAACCGGGUCAGGAGAACAAACCCGGUUCAUCCCAGCCGGCCGGAUACAUCCCGGCUCCCGCCAUGUGGGCGGUGGCUCCCGCCGCCGCCGCCGCCAAUGUCGGGAAUGCCUUCUGGAUGCUCCCAGUUACCGGGAGCGCCGCCGCGACGACGGCCGGGCAGCAGGAGUGGCAGUACAAGACAACCACAGCGCAGAGAAUCGGCGGGUUCGAGUUCUCAGGAGCUGGCCGGUUCAACCCGGUUCAACUUGGGUCGAUUAUGCAGCAACCGGUUCAUCAGCUCGGGUUAGGCGUGACCGAGACAAACAUGGGAAUGCUAGCAUCCAUGAACGCCUACAACAACCACAACAGAAUCGAUCUCGGCAUGAAUUUGGACCACCACCACCACCAGAGUCGGCCGCAACAAAGCAACAGUGGCGACGAAACGGCCAAAGAUUCACAAUAGCUUCGAAUAAAAUGAGUUUGCAUCAUCACCCUUCCAAUAUUUUUCCUUUGCUUGUAGUAUUUAUUUUUACCUUUUCAAUUUUUAUGAUAAAUAUUUGUGUGCUGUGUGCAUAUCCAUUUAUUUUUUAA